AUGGACACGUUUUGCAAGUAUGGAGGAGGGCCCAGUACCACAAAGCCGGUGCAGGCUGCCACUCUCUGGGCGUUAAUGCUGCUGUCUGGGCUGGGCACUGCCAGGAAGGGGUCCCCGGAGAGGCCCAGCGUGGGGUCUCCACCUGCAGGCUUCUCCUGGGGCACGGGCAGCUCCGCCUACCAGACAGAGGGUGCCUGGGACCAGGAUGGGAAGGGGCCCAGCAUCUGGGACGUGACCACAGACGCGGCCUGCGACGGCUACUACAGGGCCCGGGAGGACGUCCUGAGGCUGAGGGAGCUGCGGCGUGGUCCCUUCCAGACAGAUGUCUGGGCAGCAGCCUCGCAGGCUGCCGGGGUGCUGGGGCACCAUCUGGCCCGCAAACCCCCGAAGUUCUACAGCAACCUCAUCGACGCCAGCGUGAACCUGCACCACUGGGACCUGCCACAGCUGCUCCAGGUGAGGUUUGGCGGGUGGCAGAACACCAGCACGGCUCUAUGCUUUGAGGCUUUCGGGGACUGUGUGAAGCACUGGAUCGCAUUCAGCGGCCCUCGGGUGGAAAAGGGCUACGAGACAGGUGAGCACGCGCCCGGCCCGAGGCUGCCCGGCACCGUCCCGUACCACGCGGCGCACCAUGUGCUCAAGGUGAGCGGCCCACAGCGGUGCCGGCACCAUGUCCCUUGUGUCCGUAAGCUGCCCGGGGCUGAGGUGGCCGAGCAGGACAGCAGUGUGGAGGAGGGCCCAGAGGUGGCUCCGGGGGAUGACAACUGGCACAAGGUGGACGGUCUGUCUGAAGUGGGCGGUCAGAGGCUGCCGGGCCUGGUGGGGAUUUUGCUGAACUGUGACUGGGGGGUCGUAGACAUCAGUGACCCCGGGGACACAGAGGCUGCUGAACGAUACCUGCAGUUCUGCCUGGGCUGGUUCGCCAACCCCAUCUUCACAGGUGACUACCCCCAAGUCAUGAAGGACCGACCGCAUUGGUGAGCAAAAAUCACAGAGCAGGGCCUGGCUCUGUCUCGGCUGCCAGUGUUCUCCGGCCAGGAGAGCUGCAUCAAAGGCACCUCCGACUUCCCGGGACUGGGUCAUUUCACCACGCACUACACCACGGAAGGGAACCACUUCUCUCGCCAGGGGCCCAGCUACCAGAAUGACCAGGACUUGGUGGAACUUGAUGACCCAAACUGGUUGGAUGUGGGGCCUCAAUGCCUCUGUUCUGUGCCGUGGGGGUUCAGGAGGCUCCUCCACUUUGCUCAAACUCAAUAUGGCAAUCCUCCCAUAUAUGUGACAGAAAAUAGAGCAGCUCAAAAAUUACACUAUACACAAUUAUGUGACGAGUGGAGAAUUCAGUACCUUAAAGGAUACAUCAAUGAAAUGCUGAAAGCUCUGAGAGAUGGCACUAAUGUAAAAGAGUACACUUCUAAAUCCCCGGCCCUGGAUAAGUUUGGAUGGGAGAAGGGCUAUGCAGACAGAUACGGAUUCUACCAUGUGGACUUCACCCCCAGAAGCAAGCCCCACCACCCCAAGGCUCUGGCUCACUUCUACAAGAUGAUCACUGUGGCCAGCGGGUUUCCCAGGCCCAGAGAGUUAGGACAGAUACCUGUGCUGCGCGUGAUGGCUCUACAGGGGCUGAGCACUGGGCACGCAAAGCGUUUGACUCUGCUUGAGCACAUGCACCUGGCCUUGGAGACAGUGGUGCCUAUGGUCUGCACCCUCUGCGUGCUCAUCGCAGCCCUGUUGCUCACGCUCCUGCUACGGGGCCUGCACUGA